AUGGUUUGUAUGUUGCUGAUUUUGGUGACCGUCAUGAUGCUAUCUUUGAUGGCGCUUCACGUUGUUAUCUCGCUGCCCUCGGAGAGCGUCUCCUCGCGGGCACGCGUACUGGUGAACGGCAAGCUCAUCGCGAGAGACGAGAGGGUGGAGCUUCACCACUUUGAUCGCCUGAUCUUUGGCAGAGCGUCGAUGAUGAAGCUGGUUGUUCCACUGGAGCAACAGGACCUGGCCAUCAACAAGUCGGAGCCUGCAGUCCUCUCGGACGAUGACGACGAUGCCGACAGCGGCCCACCUGUCCGGAACCGCCGGUCGAUGCUGAAGCACGACACUUUGAAGCUUCUGCUGCCUGAUGACAGUGAGGCAUGGAGCGAGCUCCGGCUGUACUUCGGUGAUCUCCAGGCGCGCCUGGGUGUCGAGCGUGGAAAUGAGUUCUUCUACCACCUCAGCAAGGCCUCGCACCUUGUGGACGAGGCUAAUGAGAUCACGUCCGAGAUUCGACCAGAGGAUCGCCUCAAGUUCGAAGUAGAGCUCGUCUGGGACAUUCACCGCCAUGUCUCCGACAUCAUCCUCAUUCGCGCACUGCGACUGGCGCCGAGCAAUGAGGAGCCCACGGUGCUGUCCUACUGGACGGUAUCGAGCUUCCGACAGCGCCUCGAGGUAAUGCGGGACUGCUACGAUGCCUUCUGCUGCUCGGGGCUUUGGUCCGGAAAAGGCGACCCUCUGGAGGAUCCCUGGAUCGACGCCUCGACUGUGGAGCUGACGCUGCAGCUCCACACAAAUGCAGAGGAGCAGCUCCAUCUCGAGGACCUUCGCCGAAGCCUUCUUGAUGCCAAGUUAGAGACGCAGACAAAUCCCGGGCCCAUCAGCAACUCCGACCAUUUCACGGAGGAGCAGCGGCAGACUGGGCACAGGUGCGCUAAGUACGCCAAGCGUGUCCCGCCAGAGUAG